GCCGGCAUCAAAGCUACAGACAAAAAUUAUAAGUUCUUGAUAAAAGCAAUAGAUAUCUGAAAUUCUGUGAUUCGACUUUAAAGGUCUUUGAUGAUUAUCUGUGAUGUUGUUUUUUUCAGAAAUUUGAUAGAAAAUUAAUAACAAACAUCGAUAAAUUGAGUAACGUCACUUAUGAUUCGCAUUCCACAUUACCAAAAUCGUAAUGUAGCUUUAGAAAUCCUACCCCAAUAAUAUCUAAAUAAGGUUAUAAAUUAUAAAAAACUGGAAAAAAAUUUUAGAAUCAAGAAGGUAGUUUUGAAGAUUGUUGCUUAAAAUAUUUAAAAUUGAACAUUUUUCUGUGAUUUCGACGACCUUGCUUACCAUCCCAAUGCAAUGAUCCAAUGCAGAACAUCAAUUUAAAGAUCUAAUUAAAAAAUCUAGGCUUUAAGGACACGUUCGAAUUGUGGAAAAAAAUCACAGAAAGUCAAGUAGCGAUUCAACGACUAACGCUUCAAAUAUAUAUUUUUCACACUCUUACUUAUCACUGUGGUAAGUCCUUGAAGAUUUUUGAAUGAAAGUGAUGACGUAUAAUACCAUUGAUUUCGACAAGAAUGUUGUAAGAAUGAAUGUUCGCCAAGUAGUAUUAUUAAAAAAUUGAGAGAAUUUUAAAAUGGCAAAGAUUUAGUGAUGUAUCUUUUCAAUAUCGGGUAUUUAUGAAGUCGUGUCGAAUUUCUGUUUUAAACAUGUGAAUUCGUUUUAUCUUUCCUUUUUCAGAUUUGAUUUCGCCAAAUAUAAAUACUUAUAAAAAAUGACGUGAAGCUCUGCUAAUUAUAAAAAAUAUGUUAUUUUAAGUGCGGCCCACCGACAAAAUUUCAAAUUUGAAUUGGCCCGUGGGUUCAAAAGGUUGAUCACCCCUGUUUUAGAGGAAUAACAUUAAGUAAUGGAGUGCCUUUUGGAAAAUCAGAAAAAAAAGGUUAUAAGUAUACCUACCAAUUUAGAUUUCUUUCAAUGUACUCCCGUUGAAGUUGAUUUGGUUCUUGGCCCAACAUGUACGUUGUUGUCGAUUUUUUUUUCUGAUCCAGUGGCAACGGUUCAGAAAAUUUUCAAUUCAUCGAGCAUAUCCGCCGCGGCGCCUAGUUCUUGACCUUGACUCAGAUAUGUACGGGUAGCUAGCUACAAGGUAUUAGUAGCAUCCGUUUCCAAGCAAUCCCGUGUAGAGCCACCAGCUGGAGUUGAACAACCUUCCCAUGAUGUUCGCGUGCCGCACCAAGUCUUGGUUGGGGAAGAUUCUUAAAACUUCCGAUUUGUAGUCAUCGGCGUCGCCGUCGUCGUCGUCCGGAUUCUCCGGGACGUGUAUGUGCUGUUGCACUUCCCCUCAACCAAAACAACGUCCACCCACUUGACUGGGACGGGAUUGAAUCGACCCAGUGACUGCGGUGCAUGACAACACGAUUCCGGUGCGUGCCCUCCUUUUGUUAUUGCCCAGUCAUAGCCGGAAUGUUUGUGUUUGAGUUUGAGCUGCUUCCCAUACAACGAUCGAAGAUACGGUGCUUCUUUGAUGAUGAGAGGGCGGAAGAAGUUUGACGCUCACUUGGCGUCCCCAUUGACGUCGUCCGGAGCUUGUUUUGGGUGGGCGGGCGUCCGGCAGCAAGAGACAUCCCCCCCGGUCGGUGUGUGUGACUUGACUGCCAGUUAACCGUUUUUGUGUGUGCUUCUAAAAAUGUUGGGAUAUCCCCCUUCCUCUAGAGAGCAAAAUUGUUGGAGCGCUUUCAAUCGAUUCGAAUUUGCCUUUCCGCUCAGGUUUGCCACGUACUUGACCGGCGCGCGUCUUUUUUGUGUAUUUGCUCCCGCCUUCCCUCAUUUCAAUCCUUGAAUGGCGACCGGCAACCGCCGCCGGCAGCAGGAGGUCAUCAUGGACAAGAAUAGUCAAUCCGCCCACCCGGGGAAAAAACGGGUUUGCUUCACUGCACUUCACCGCCAAUCGAUGGCUCUUGGUUUUGAAAUUGAUCCGCCUGCCAAAAGGAAAAACGCACCCAACGCCUACGAUUGUGUGUUUUGUUUGAGCCAUUUUUGGUCCCGGGGAAGUUUGUUAUUGUUGUUUAUUUGAACGACACCCCUUCCUUAGCCUCUUUUAAGAACGGACCAUUGCAAAACCUUUUCCAAUACUCCGAAACCUCAAACACCCACCAACUAAUGUAGGUCAGCAACAACUGUCCAAACAUCCGCUGGAAGGCUCCUCCGCAUACAGAAAGCUUCCUUUCUGCAGUCUGCACACGUCCGUCUGGAAGACGUCGUCCACGUCGUCGACGUCGUCAAAAGAAGGCGAUCACACGUUCCGUGACGUGGAAUCCGUUUUUACUUGCUGGUGGAAAUUCCUGCCGCGUCUUCUAAGUGAUGCACUUCCGAGGAAACCCCUAAUUCCAAAUGUAUCUACCUCCUACAUACGAACGAACUAAGCUCGCCGGUGUCGAACUAAUCAAUAACGGUUUCAUUUUUGUUUUUUUUUUCAUUCACAGAUCUGAUGAGGAUAGCGCCAGUGGAAACAAAUACAACAGAAUGGAAGAAGACAACGUUCAAGAGAAGGAGCGAUUCGCCAGCGGACAAUGUUCGGGCGCCGAUCUUGUCAACCGAGAAAACCACUGCGAGAUCGAGCGGCGGAGGCGAAACAAAAUGACGGCCUACAUCACCGAGCUGUCCGACAUGGUGCCCACCUGCAGUGCCCUAGCCCGGAAGCCGGACAAGCUGACGAUCCUGCGGAUGGCGGUGGCCCACAUGAAGGCGCUAAGAGGUAAGACUUUUCAAACACCACUAUCCCAGAUUGACCAGUAAGUUAAAAAAAACUCACAACUAUUUAUAAUGAUCAUUAAAGUAACUUCUCGGUCUCUCAAAUAUUCAUGCCAAUCUUCAAGAUAAUAAUGCCAAAAUCGC